CUUGUGAAAUCCCCAUAUGCCAUGAAACGUAAAGCUCGAGCAAGUUUCCGGCAACCUCUGGAACAAAAUCCGGCCGUUCGUUUGCCGGAUUCAGACUACAAUCUGGAAAAUGGCGAUGAAGGAAGUGCAUUGCCCCAUCAAGGAAAACAGGGUUUUCAUGGGCAGAAGAAACAGAGCUCUCAAGCUCAAAGGAUCAUCCGAGCAAUCUCACCAGAAAACCCUAAUCCUAGAACCAUGUUCAAGACCAAGACACCAAAGGACGAACCAGUUGAGGAUUACGGUGAUCUUGAAAAUCAUGCGAUUGGUUUAUCGGAUCUGCUUUUCCAGAACCUCACAAACCCUUCUAGUGGUGAACUGAUAAACCCUUUUAAUGGCGAAAAGGACCAAACCAUGAUUGAAUCUCUAAACCAUUUGCAAUUUCAGGCUUUGCCGGAUCUUCUCUCUCUAGAGAGUGCCUCAGAAACCCUGGUAACCUCAUAUUCUCCAAUCCCCGCGCCAUUGUUUGUCAGUUCAAAUCAUUUCUCUGCUUCAUCAUCAGGACAUGAAACUCAUCAAGCAAAUCUUUCAAAUGCUUCUUCUCCUUCUGUCGUUUGUGAUUCUCAAUCCUCCAUUAAGAGAGCUGAAGAGGAAGAGGCUUCACAUAAACGCUUGAGAUCUUGUUCAUGCUACACUCUCGAACACGUCCUUCAGCACUUUAUAGAGGGCGUGAGUUCUAAGACGAGCCAGAACCAGUCUGUUCACUCUUCUGCUGAUUCCACUCCGAGCUUAUCUCCAACUCAUUCUAACCCUGUUUUUCCUCUUGGUCCUUCAUCUCUCGGUUUAGCAUCUUCUGAAACUUCAAUGAACCAUUAUUGGGCUUCUGGACCAUCAACCAUGGAACUUCCAUCUUCUGCAACUCAUUAUACUCCUAAUUUCUCUUCUUCAAGUUCAUCAAUGGCGCCUCAGAGCUUUUAUGCUCGUCAAAGGAGGAAGAGGAUCAGCGAACUAACCAGGAGCCUCGAGAAACUAAUGCCAUGGGAUAGUAAAAUGGAUACUGCAACUAUGCUUGGAGAGGCAUACAAAUACAUUAGGUUUCUGAAAGCUCAAAUCUCGGUGUUGAAGUCUAUGCCUUCCAACUCGGAUGUGAAGACAGAUUGUGGGGAAGGAAAUGGAGAAUAUAGCGAUUUUGGGUGUCUUUCGAGGCAGCAGAUGCUUCAGGUCUUGAUGGGUUCGUCUGGUGUUCAGAGGAAGCUUUACAGCGAAGGGAAGUGCGUGAUCUCCAUCGAACAGGCAAUGCAGUUUCAAGAGAGUUACAUGAAGUGAGGAUUGACGAGGAUUUGGUUUUCAAUAUUACAGAGAAGGAAGUGCCUUAUCUCUUUCUUUCUCGCUAAAUUUAUAAUAGUCUUCAUUUCUACUUCUCUCUAGAGAUUUGCAUUACUUAACUUUUUUUGCCACGAUUUAACUGUAGGUAACUUGUUUUCCAGUUCUUGUAAGGACUAGCUUCUCUGUAAAAAGAG